GCUUUUCAAAGCAAGGCAGCUUUUGCGGAGUAAAUAAAUAAAGCGAAGCAAAAACCUAUCGGGAAUACGCGCUGACGCAAAGAUUUUGUCGGGCGUUGUGCAAUUGUGUCAGAGCUGGGAGGGGGUGAUAAACGAGCAGGGGCAUGUCAAUUCGCUCGCGCCUUCCCUCCUCAUCUAGAAAAGGGACCGCACGCAUCCAAAUUUACGACUUUGAAUCGCUGGAUUUACAAGCACAAAAGUUUCAGACUUUUGUAGACACACUAUUUUUAAUCCGAGCUGAUCUGCAACUGAAUGAGGAAGUUUUUUUUUUCUUCCUGUUUUCGAUUUGAAGAUACCAACUCCUGUACCAGCAACGCCAUUUCUUGUUUCACCUACAAGGCAAACACAAUCUUCUCCUAAUAAAUAACUAAAUAAUUUUUAUAAUUUUUCGUUAAAUGCCUAGUAUUACAAGAAUGGGCUGCUUUGGAAUAUAACGAAAUAAUUCAUUUUAAUUUUUGUAUGUGUUGUUGUUUUUUUUUUCUUUUUUGCAUUUUCGAAAAGCACAUCUCUUACUUUUCAUUUUGAAUUCUCUAAAAGAUCUGGGAUUGCUUGCCGUACAUAUCCUUCUAUCAACGCGGAAUAAAACCUUUGUAUGAUUUUUGGGAACUGUUUAAGCAGUAACUGUACUUCAGCAAGUGUUGCGUUUUCAAAGACUUUACUUUUCUAAACAUUUGAACAAACGUUUCCGAUGUAUGAUGUUUUUUUUAUUAUUAUUUUUCUUUUUGCUUUUAAAUUAAAUGAACUUUUUAGAUUGUAAUAUAUUUGUAUGAAAAAUGUCAAACUGUACAACAAACAUUAAUUCUACUUUUCAAGCAAACUUUUUGCCUCCGGUAUUCGGGGUGGAGUUUUGCGUGGCACUUUUGGGCAACAGCCUGGCUAUAUGGCUUUUGCUAACACGAGAAAGAAGACACUGGCACACAGGAAUCGUCUUUGUCUUUAACCUGGCUGUUUGCGACCUCCUCUACGUGCUGUCCUUGCCCCUGUUAAUCGGCUACUAUACGAAUGACAAGAACUGGAUCUUCAGCGACGCGCUCUGUCGGAUAGAACGGUUCCUGUUUACCUGCAAUUUAUACGGGAGCAUCUUUUUCAUCACCUGCAUCAGCCUGAACCGCUACGUGGGGAUUGUGCACCCGUUUUUCAUGCGCAGCUACGUGCAACCCAAGCACGCCAUGAUGGUCAGCCUCGCGGUGUGGUUCUUGGUGAUCGGCAUUUGCUCGCCCGUCUUCCAUUUCUCGAUGACGGAGAAGAAGGGAAACACAACGGAGUGUCUGGGAAGCGCGACGGAUGAUAAAAUCACAGAGUACAUUCCCUAUAGCUUGUUCCUGGCCUCCUUCGGAUGCGCGUUGCCGUUUUUGGCUACUUUCGCUUCCUAUUUUGCCAUCCUGGUGGUGGUUUGGAAAAACGAUAACAUUACAAAUGCAGAGAAAAGAAAAAUAGGGGUGAUGAUUUUCACAGUCAUUGUACUGUACGUGGUCUCCUUCAUCCCCUACCACGUUCUUCGUAACGUUAACCUGUUUAAUAGAGAUGAUAGCUGCUCCCGACCCCCCAGCAUGAAAAUCUAUGAUGGCUACCAAGUUAGCAAAGUACUGGUUACUUUGAACAUGUGCAUCCAUCCGCUGCUCUACGUAUCGGUUUUCGACAGCAUGAGGGCUAUUUGUGGACUGUCCACCUCUAGCGACUCAACAGACAGGUACAAAUGAGACGCUGCAAACUCCAGUGGACUCUUAGCUAGCUGUUAUGAACGCGCCACCUUAUAGCUGCAACACGGCCGCGUAAAUGGAAGUGUCUGCACGCCUGAUUUCAGCUUGCAGUUUUAUAAUGAGCUUGACGGUGUGCAGCGGGGACACACAUACAGGACUGCAUUCUCUGAGCUCUUUUGACUGCAGGGGUGGUAUAAACAGCAACGCGAUGAAAACAUUGAAGAACAAACUUUUUGUUUUCCUUUCGUAGGGGGUGCAAUAUAACAACAACAAAAAAGCAAGUCCUGUUAUUAUUUGUUUCUCAAAAUAUGUUGCCCUUCAUCUAACAGUAGAGGAUUCUUAUACUGGGUAUUUGUGUCUAUUCUUAGAAAUAUGUAAAAACAAAAUGUGAAAAAACACAGGGUUAUAUUCACAAAAUGUUUACCGCCAUGCUUAGCUAACACCAGCUUUUUAAAUUUAUUUUGUUAAAAAGCUUAAAAUAAUACUGUUAACGCAUUUGCCAAACUGAUCACACAUUUCACUCGUAAACACACACACAGCAAAACUCUGAAAGCACACUAAAGCUGAGGGAACACAAAGUCACUUUGUGGCUUGGAACUUGGUUUCAGGAGACCAGGUUUCGGUGCCAAUGCAUGGCACACCAGGGGAGACCUGGGGUUUAAUACAGCAACCUCAAACUAGGUCUCCCGGUCCUGGAACCAGGUUUCAAGCCACUGCUCUUGAAAAACUGUCUUUGUGUUCCUCAGCUUCACACACCUGUUUCCUUUGAGAGUGGUUCCUUCUCCAAAUGCAGGUAUCUUGUGUAAUUGCCACAAUCAACGCUGGGUUAUUUAAACAGGUGUUCCACUGCUGGAAACUCCAUCAGCACAACUUAAUAAAGAUUGCUUCACAUGAGAAUCAUGCAGAAGAAGCCUCCAUAAGAGGAGAAGCUCAGCUUUUAUUGUCACAAGAGAGCUAGGAGCUGCUUUUACAUCUACACACAUGUAUGAUAUGUCUGUUUUUAUUAUUCAUUUAAAAUGUAUCACAAAAUUGUAAAAAAAAAAAAAAAUAUAGUGUAGAUCUCG